CCUGACAGUGAACGCACCACACCAAUGUGAAUCGCUGGCUAUUAAAGCCGCCGCCCCCUUUCCUCCUCACUCACCACUGCUUUCAGUUUUUUUGUUGGAUUGACUGCGACAGCUGCCAAUGUGUUGUUCAUCUUCGUGAAGUUGGUACAAAGCCGAAGGCAUGCCGCUGGCUCGCAGCCUCUCUGUCACGUCCCUGUCAGGACUUGAGGAGUGGGACGAGGAGUUUGAUUUAGAAGACGCCGUCCUUUUUGAAAUUGCAUGGGAGGUCGCAAACAAAGUUGGAGGCAUCUACACCGUCAUCCAGACCAAAGCCCGUCUGACUGCAGAGGAAUGGGGGGAGAACUAUUUCCUGGUGGGUCCCUACGUGGAGAGCAACGUGCGUACGCAGGUGGAGCUGAUUGAGCCCACCAACCCUGUGCUGAAGAGAACCAUUGACAAGAUGAACGCCAGUGGGUGUAAGGUCUACUUUGGGCGGUGGCUGAUAGAAGGAAGUCCCUAUGUCGUUCUGAUUGAUGUGGCGUUCACUGCCUGGUCUCUGGACUCCUGGAAGGCCGAGUUGUGGGAUCUUUGUGCUAUCGGCGUGCCGUGGUUUGACCGUGAGGCCAAUGACGCCGUGCUGUUUGGCUUCCUGACCACCUGGCUUUUGGGAGAGUAUGCGGCCCAGUCUGAGGAGCCUCCGCACAUUGUGGCCCAUUUCCAUGAGUGGUUGGCCGGCCUGGGCCUGGUGUUGUGUAGACAUAGGAAACUGCCUGUCGCAACCAUCUUCACCACACAUGCCACACUGCUGGGACGAUACCUGUGUGCUGGAAAUGUGGACUUCUAUAACAACCUUGCAGAGUUCAAUGUGGAUAAGGAAGCAGGUGACAGGCAGAUCUACCACCGUUACUGUAUAGAGAGAUCAGCUGCUCACUGUGCCCACGUCUUCACCACGGUGUCCCACAUCACAGCCGUAGAGGCAGAGCACCUGCUCAAGAGGAAACCAGACAUUAUCACCCCCAACGGGCUCAAUGUGAAGAAGUUCUCAGCCGUGCACGAGUUUCAGAACCUCCACGCUCAGAGCAAGAAUCGCAUUCAGGAGUUCGUCAGGGGACACUUCUACGGGCACCUUGACUUCAACCUGGACAAGUGUUUGUUCCUCUUCAUUGCUGGAAGGUACGAGUUCUCCAACAAAGGAGCUGACAUCUUCUUGGAAGCUUUAGCCAGACUCAACUAUCUGCUCAGAGUCAAUCACAGUGACGUGACCGUCAUUGCAUUCUUCAUCAUGCCAGCUCGCACAAACAACUUCAACGUGGAGACCUUGAAGGGCCAAGCGGUCAGGAAGCAGCUCUGGGAUACUGCUCAGACUGUGAAGGAACGCUUUGGAAAGAAACUUUAUGAGUCACUUCUAGUUGGGCAGCUGCCAGAUGUGUCGAAGAUGCUGGACAAAGAGGAUUUCACCAUAAUGAAGCGGGCCAUCUUUGCGACUCAGAGACAAUGCCAGCCUCCAAUCUGCACCCACAACAUGCUGGAGGACAGCAGCGACCCCAUCCUGAACUGUGUCCGCCGCAUCGGCCUUUUCAACAGCUCCUCUGACCGCGUCAAGAUAAUCUUCCAUCCAGAGUUCCUGUCGUCCACUUCUCCUCUGCUUCCGAUGGAUUAUGAGGAGUUUGUUCGAGGCUGCCACCUCGGCGUCUUCCCGUCUUACUACGAGCCUUGGGGCUACACACCAGCUGAGUGCACAGUCAUGGGAAUCCCAUCGAUCUCCACUAACCUGUCGGGCUUUGGUUGUUUCAUGGAGGAACACAUAGCAGACCCUUCAGCAUAUGGUAUUUACAUCCUGGACCGGCGGUACCGAGGGGUGGACGAGUCGUGUAACCAGCUCACAUCCUUCCUGUUUCAGUUCUGCAAGCAGAGCCGGCGCCAGCGGAUCAUCCAGAGGAACAGGACCGAGCGUCUGAGUGAACUGUUGGACUGGAGAUACCUUGGCAGAUAUUAUAUAUCUGCCCGUCAUAUGGCCCUGGCUAAAGCCUUCCCUGACGACUACAUCUAUGAACUUCAUGAGCCCACCUCAACUUCGGGUUUCCGUUACCCCCGACCGGCGUCUGUGCCGCCGUCUCCAGCUCUGUCCCGCCACUCGUCCCCCCGCCACAGCGAGGCAGAGGACAACGAUGAAGACGAACCCUACGAUGAAGAUCUGGAGGCAGAAAAGGACCGGGUGAACAUCCGUCAGCCCUACGCCCUGCCGUACAAAAACAAGUUGUUGGCUGCCCCGGCGUCCAAUGGGAACGGAGAUAGUGACAAAAACUGACACACAUACAUACAAAAAGUACAUGCUACUAGUACAACCUUAUAGUCAGGCGGCUUAGCUAAAUAAAGGGGACACGCUGGACAAAAGCACCAAAUUUUUUCCAUGUGCUCUCUGUCACCAUAGGUUUCAAU